CUACGCCUCAAAUCAUCGCCCGUCAAAAGUUCUCGAAAAGAUUCCAGGGGCCAAUCAGCAAAAAUGGCGGCCGCAUCAAGGAACCAUCAAGUCCUCAAGCACACCAUCCGCCUCUUCUCCUCCCCGAGAAAGAUGGAGGGGCUCGCCGCCGGCGACGAGUUCGACGAGUCCGACGUGUGGUGCUUCCAGCCCGAAUCCAAACCCGACAUGAAAUCUUCGGUUCCACGGUCGCGAUCAACAUGGAAAAUGAACCAGACUGCAACCGGUUCUGGUUCUGGCUCCAAGUCUGGCCCGGGUUCAAUGCCCGUCCGCGUACCGGACUGGUCUAAAAUAUUGUUACAUGAAAGCAAGAGCAGCGUGAGUUACUGCAACAGGAGAGGCUUCGAGGAGGAGGAGGAAGAUGACGGGGAGGCGAUCGUGCCGCCGCACGAGGUGGUGAUGAGGAGGAGGGCGGCGUCGCUGUCGGUGGAGGAAGGGGCCGGGAGGACGUUGAAGGGGAGGGAUUUGAGUCGGGUAAGAAAUGCCAUUUGGGCGAAAACCGGUUUCCAAGACUGAUAUGGAUCUAUUAUAUUGGAUUUUUGCCCCCCUAUAUAAAUAUGUGUUUAUGUAUGAGGAUGUUGAACAUUAAUGAAUAAGAGGAGGGGACAAAAUUUUUUUUUCCUUUUUUGGGUUUAUUAUGAGUAUGAUAUUUUCCAAUGUCUUAGAAAGAGAACAAGUUGAAUAUCUUUUUUUUUUUUACAUAGA